CUCAGAUUGUAUGCACCCACAUGAGCAGGACGUCUAUAGUGUUUAAAUAUGUUAAAAAAAUCCCAUCGUGACACUAACGUGUGUUUCAUUGUUAUUAUUAUUGGAGGAAUUUUAAUUGAAUUGUGUUUUCAAACAGUUUAGUAAUCUUAAGACUACACUUACUUGAUGUGACAUUAAUCCGGAAGAACUACAAGACAAUGACUGAAGAAUGAGAUACAUAUUACGAAUGUAUAUCUAUAUCGUUGUCAUCUCAGCGGGUUACUUGAUAUUACUGCUGACUUGGUUUAAUUUCAUUAAAACGAACAUAACUUUUAAUACAAGAGGCUAUGUGACAGAAACUGUUGGAAGUGAAGACCUUUUUGAAAGGGCAGGGAAACUACCAAACUGGAAUUCAAGAAGCCUAUUAUCAAAUACCACGGACAAAUCUCUUAUCGUCUUUCGACAGACACUAACACAAAAAGAAUUUUCGAUUCUCAAAGACACUUUAAAGGUGUUGAAAUAUGCAUGUGAAAGAAACAAUUUAACUUAUAUGUUAUAUGGUGGUUCAUUACUCGGUGCAUACAGGCAUGCUGGUUUAAUUCCAUGGGAUGAUGAUGUAGAUAUAUGGAUGGAUCAGCGGCAGACGACAAAGGCAGACACCAUUCUUAGCCAGAUUCCAGGAUAUAGUCUACACCAUGUAAAAGGUGAUAAAACAUUAUGGAAAUUAUACAGUGAUUUGACAAGGCAAAAUAAAUCUGUAUCAAAAUUAACAGCGCGUGCAAUGUUCCCGUAUAUUCAUAUUCUCUUUUUCGUGGAUAAUUCUACACAUGUCAAACAUUCGGAUGGUGUUGUCACUCAUAGAACUGCAUUUCCGAGAACUGAUAUUUUUCCGUUACAGAAAAUGAUGUUUGAAGAUGAAGAGUUGUUUGUUCCAAACAAAGUAGAUGCCGUCAUUAAAAGAAAGUACGGACAGACGAACACGUGUACAGCACGUGACCCAGAAACUCAGAAAGAUGGCAUCUCAGUUUCAUGUGAUAGAUUACACCCAUAUUACCCUUUCAUAGAGAGAACACACAAUGAUACCGCGAUAACUUUGACUUUUGGCGGGAAAGUUAUUUGGCGUAAAGGCUUACAAUAUUAUUAAAGCAGCAAAUGGCAGGUUCUAAGUGGAUAAUAAACAAGUUUAAGUGAUUUUUAAUACUAGACGUCAUUUAUGGAUUUAGUCAUUAAAGGUUUUCAUCUUAAAUGUAUCAUAAUAAUCAGUGUCUUUUAUGUUAAUUUUGUUUGUUAUUUUUGUCAUUCUCCAUGAGUAAUUGUAGUUCCGUACAUACCGGUAUUUAUCAACGUUUAUCAGUGAUUCAUCUGUGGAAUUAAACCAAAGGAAUUCAGCCUCA